AUGGAUCGGAUGAGGCAGGACUCUAGAGACGGUUGGGACGAUCGGGGUCGAGGGAGCGCGGCGCUCGCAGGCGCGUGGAGGAAAUGCUGCUUGAGGCUGUGGAAGCUUUUCAUCUUGGUGUGCGUCUUUGUCACGGUGCUGCAUCCCAUGGUCGAAUUUACGACUGCGGUGCUGUUCUUCCUCGUGUUGAUGUGCUUUUGUAUGCCCGUCGGGUUCAUCUGCAUCUGCGCCAAGCAGCAGCUAAGCGACUCCGACUCUCUCCCUCAAUCUCCCGACGAGAUUCACGUAGUCGCGCCAGAAAGUGCCGGAAAAAACACAGUUCCCUCGGCACCGCCCGUGACCGGCUCCGUGCAGGAUCGAAUCGACACCGGCUCCGUGCAGGAUCGAAUCGACACCGGCUCCCUCCCGCGAUCUCCCGAUGAGAUUCGCAGCAUCCCACUAGAAAAUAUCAAGGAAGACACCAUUCCCUCGACUCCGCCUGAAUCUUCUGUGAACUUCGAAUGCCCGCCCUUCGACCCCCCGCCAUACAACUUGGCUAUUCUUCUUCCGGGGAGUCCACCCUCACCCCAUCCAUCUGUGAUCUCAAUACCCGAGAUCCCACCCCCUCCCUACGAACACUCGGCGUGA